AUGACCUCAGCACCUCCCUCCCCACCACACCGCACUGGUACAUCCUCCUCCUCAUCGUCCAAUCCAACACAAUCACAAUCAAAUGCAUCCGCAUCUGCCCAGGCACCACCCCCGAAACCCCCAGCGCCGGCCGUGAGUAUUCUCCCGGGGCAGCUCGCGCGGGUGUACUCAUUUGCGCAUCCUGUGCUUUUGCUGGGUCUGUUGGCUGUGCGGUUUAAGAAGUUCGUGGAAGACCCGGUUAGUGAGUUGUUCGGUGAUUUGCCCGUGUUGGCGGGCCUGCAGGUGCUGUAUGCGGUUGUUUGUUUGCCGCCUGCUGGUGCCCCAUCAUCGAAGGGAACUACAGUGGAAUCGAGUCUGGGUGGGAGUGAGGGCACGGUUUUGAAACCGGGGAGAAUUGGACUGCGACGGAAACAUGCGAAAGAAGCUGGAAUUUCCGUGAAGGUGGUUCCCGCUUUGAUCUCACUGACAUUAACAACCCUCCUCGCAACCCCCAUCCUCUCAAUCCUCCUCGUCCUCUUCGGCGCCCCGUUGACAACACACAACCUCGAAACGCUCCUCUGCGCAGCGCACAUGGCCGUCCUCUCCGCAACAGCACUAGUCUAUGUACAUGGCGUCGACGGGAGUACCUGGCGGGAGGUCUGGGGCGUGGGUCGGCCGGCGGAUGCAGUUUGGGGCGGAGCGCUGGGGACGGGCGUGGGUGCUUGGUUUGGGGCUGUGCCUAUUCCGUUGGAUUGGGACCGUCCAUGGCAGGCGUAUCCUAUUACUAUCCUGACUGGUGCGUAUAUCGGGUACGCUCUUGGGUCGUUGAUUAGUCGGUCGUCGUGUUUGUAUGGAAAGAGGAUCCAGUUCACGCCCGAGGUUGAGGAAGAUAUGGAUAAGAAGACUGAGUAG